AUGGCCGCUGCUAGCUUCCCACUAGAGGAGUUUGAUGAGAAGUUUCUGACUUGUGCCGUCUGUGAUGAGAUCUAUACCGACCCCCGUGUCCUGCCCUGUCUUCACACCUUCUGUACCAAGUGUCUGGUAAAAUGGCGAAAGGGGAAGAGCCAUUUCACCUGCCCUACAUGCCGGCAACAGGUGAGGCUACAAGAAGGAGGUAUCAGUAGCCUUCCUCAAUACUUCUUUAUGAACAGCUUGCUGGACUUCAGGGCCUUGCACAACAGUGAAGAAGCUCACGCCCAGUGUCAGAUGUGUAAGUCUGACAAUAAGGUAGAUGGGAGGUGUGCAGACUGCCGUUUGCUACUGUGUAAGAACUGUAUAACUGCUCACAGGAACAUCCCUGCGCUGAAAGACCAUUACAUCAUCACCCUGGAUGACCUGAAGAACCCCGGCAGCAGGCCAAAGUACACCCGGGCCCCGUACUGCCCUCGGCACACCGACCAGCGCAUGGCCUUCUACUGCCAACCCUGCGCCAAGCUCGUCUGCCGAGACUGCACCAUCACCGAGCACCGACCAGGGCCGAACCACGACCCACAGGAGGUCAGUAAAGUUGCACAGAAGUACAAGGCUGGACUACAGAAACUAGUGGAGAAAACAAAACAUACGGAUGACGUUCUGAAGAAAACCAAACAAACGGUUGGUCACGAACUCACAAGCAUCACAACAAACUGUCAAAGAGUAAGAAAAGAAAUUAAAGAACAUUUUGCAGACAUGAGGAAAAAGCUGGACGAAGAAGAGAAGAAGGUCACAGAGAGACUGGACAAGAUGGAAAAGGACCAGAAGGAGCCUCUUCUGAGGGAAGAGAAAGAGCUAGAACAGAACAUUGCGUCCACUGAAGAAGGACUGACGUUCUCUACAGACAUUCUAGAUAGAGGUAAUGAUGUAGAAAUUCUCACACAUAGGCAACAGCUAGAGGAUAGGCUAAAUGCUCUUUCUUCAACUCAGAUUCAGCAUAAGGCUUUGACGAAUAAUGUAUACUUCAAACCAGAUACCACCUGCACUAAUCUUGUUGAAUGUUUUCUCAUACUGACUGAUGAACCACUGUUCAUCACAGAAGCCCCAGUAGAGAGUUUGCCAACUACAUGUACUGUCAUAUUCAGACCGAGGAAAGGCCAAGUUUGGGAAACCAACCCACAAGUCACAGUCACCUCCCCUGUGGGGCAAUGUGUUAAACUAGACAUCACCAAAGCAAGUGGAGGGGAAUUUAGAGCAGUUUGGAGGCCACAAAUAUCAGGGAAGCAUGUGGUGUGUGUGACUGCAGGGAGAAGAGUGGGGCACAACAGCCUGUGUUCCUCUCUUACUGUAGAUGUUCGCAGUAACAAUCCGGUACUGAGAUUUGGGCUGAACGGAACCCAGCAGGGACAGUUUAACACUCCUAUAGAUCUAUCAGUCAGAAGACGCAGUCUGUAUGUGGCUGAUACUUACAACAAACGUGUCCAGGUGUUUGAUCUAAGGGGGAACUUUUGUUACUCAUUCUCAACAACUGCAAAUCCUGCCUCAAUUGCAGUUCAUAUUGAUAGCACGAUAGUGUCACAAUGUGCGGGACAAGUUAAAAGAUUCUCACCAUCAGGAGAACUGCUACACCAAUUCUCGCUAAGUCAACACUGCACAGACCCCUAUGGGCUUGCAGUACAGAGGAAUGGGAGGAUUGUUGUAGCUGAUAAGGGCAAACACAGCAUUUUCCUGUUUGGGGCAGACGGGACACUGGUGAAACAGGUGGGAGGGCAGGGACAGGGGAACUGGCAGUUUAAUGAGCCAUGUUUUGUCUGUGUGGAUAAAGAAGACAACAUCAUUGUGGCAGAUAAAGAGAACCACCGUAUUCAGGUGUUUGACGAGAACCUGAACUUCCAAUACAAGUUUGGUCAGCAGGGUAGACAGCCACAGGAUAUGUUUGGCCCUAUCGGGGUGUCAGCAGACAGCAGGGGGAACAUAGUUCUGGCAAACAUUGGGGGCACAACUGAUGGUAUAGAACACAGUAAGGAGCUUCAGGUGUUCCGCCCAGACGGCACCUGGGUGUCCACCAUUAGCAGCGAUAGGGACAAACUGAAUCUUCCCCACGGGGUGGCUGUGACAGAGGAUGGACAUGUGUUUGUAGCUGAUCCUGGUGACCACUGUAUCAGGAAAUACAGAUACAUGUGA